GCGAUACAGUUUAUCAGUUAUUCCGGGAACAGAGUGCUGGAAUAGUGAAUGUCUGAUUUGAAGUUGCCUUGAUUUGCGUUUUGGCUUGGGGGUCGAUGGGUCGUCACGCCGUAGGAGGUGGCAAUGGCCAGACUCAUCUUCCUCUUGCUGGUGAUAGUAUUUUCAGUACCCAACAUCAGUGCCUUGACAUGUAAGUGUGCGAAUCAAACCACACCCGGACGUGCCUACUCCUUCUGUAAUAUUGCCAAACCAUCGGGCUGCUUGGAAUGCCAGGGAGAUGUGGAGGCGGAGCGGGCUUACCGACAGUUGGAAGCACUUCUGUCGCGAGUGCUGAACGUGGUCAUGCAAGGUCGUGACAAGCACUGCUGCUUGAGAACGUACCAGGAAUGGGCUUGCGCAGUACGUGUCAAAGCACAGGACAGUGAGAGUACGGAUUGUCGGCCGUGCGUGUCACUGUGUCAGCACGUCAUCCAGUGUUGCCCGUUCUUCCUUCCUGGUGUCAUCCAGGGCUCGAAAUAUGCUGGGUACGAUGGCCCACCUGUGCAGCUGGACUUUCGCUAUGCUGGCCUGGCAGCAUUCAAUUGCCCGCGAGAAAGGGAGCUGGCGUUCGCCGGCUCGUCGUAUGGUCGGCCGGACGCGUGCUACCUUUACAACAAUGCCACAACGUGCUCUAGUGCUGGACAGAGCAGGGGUGUUAUCUGUCGGCGUGGUGAGACAUGCACUGUAAACACGUGUACAUAGCACGUAGCGCACUGUAUAUCACCACCCGCUCCACUCUGCACUCCCUGCAUCGCUGCCUGCACACCCGAAAAAAAUGAAAAAGUUUUCGACAACGUGACUGCACCUUGCCUGUGCCCGGGCCGGGGUUUUAGAUGUCGGUCGCCAUUGCGUUGUUCGCCUUGGAUGAUCCUCAUCCCGGGACUGCACCUGCUCAUGUCUUGCCUUUUUAUGCUGCUAACCUGCUGUGUUUCAUUGCGUCACGCCAUUGUUUUUUACUUUGACUCCUGUUGAGGCUUCUUCUUUGUACCCAACACCGUAUGGACUAUUCUCGUGUUCUUCCCCUCCCGGAUCCCCCCCCCCCUGUUUUUAUUAUUAUUUCGUUUUGUUUUGUUUUGAAGUAUUUCAUGUUUAACCCGAAUCUGACAUGACAACCCCGUGGCAAAUUGA